ACCACAAUAAAGAAAAUUGAGAAGAACAAAACAAAACCUAACUCCCGAAACUGCUAGCACAGCGAGCAUGACUCUCUGAUGGGGGAAUUCGCGCUGUUGUUUGGUCCUCUCCGACGCUCAGUUUUCUUAUCGGUAAAAUGGGCAUGGAAAAAAGCACCGUGGCCUCAGGACUCCUUGGAGGGCGAAUGGGACAAUCCUGUCAAGAUCCUGGAUCGUAUACCCAAAUUCAGCCAUUGGAUUCGUCCACCAGUACUCCGUGGCGCCUACUAAAUGCACCGCCGUGCUGGGAAACUGCACUCGCAGACGGCGGGGCGCAGACAGCUCACACAUUCACCCAGCCGCCGAGAACCCGUGGUCGGGGAUCCGGAGCGGCGGGGCGGGAGCGGCGGCCCCGGGGGCGGGCCGGGGCGGGGCCGGCGGUUUAUAAACUCGCGCGCCGGCCGGAGGCCGCAGACAAUACGGCUCCCGGCUCGAGCGCUCCGGCCGCCACCAUCGCCGCCACCGCCGCCGCCACCUCCGACGCGAGAGAAGAAAUGUCCCACACAGGACCCCUCUCCAGGAACCUCUUUUUGAGCACCUUCCUGCAGGAGCAUGGCCCGGAAGUUCUGGAGGUUCCGGGCAUGACUGAUCUCGUGGAAUACUAUGAUCCAGGGCCCUCCCCUAACAGCAACAACCCCGACGAUGUGGCCAUGCGGCUGGCCUUCAUCGGGGACGAGAUGGAAGUGAGAUGGAUGCUUCCCCGCGUUGGCGAGCUGCCCGGGAUGGCCAUGUACAGCUUGGCUUUUACCUACAACCAGACAGGCCUGAGAGGUGUUCUUCGAAGUCUCGUGGACGGACUCACUAACCUCAGGGAGAAUGUAAGGAUCUGGAGUUUCCUGACCUUCAGGAACAGGGUGUCCCCCCACCCGGGGCGCGGGCUGGUGCUGUCCCUGCUGCUGCUGCUGGGGCUGCUGCUAGGCUGGGGGUUCCGCCUCCUCCAGUGACGCCAGCUGCUGUGGGGCGGGGGCGGGGCUGGCCUCGCCCCCUGACCACCCACCCUGGCGGUGGCCGUGUUUGUUUUGUCGUCUUUUUAACUGUUUUCUGAUGAUCCCUUUUUUAUAUUUAAACUCUGAGUGCUGGGACACGACUGAGGUUUCAUACUAGUUUUUGUCUUUUUCUUUUUGUAAGAGAAAUGAAUUCAUUAUACCUCUGGGGUCGUUACUGGUUAACUGCCCGUGCCAAGGCCUGGCUGGGCCUGCUCUCCUGGCCCCAGCCCACUGGGCGGUGGCCUGUCCCGGGAAGGAGCCUUCCUCUGGCUGGUGGGUCCUCUGGCGGGCAGCGGGGGGGGGAGUGCUGGCCACACCCCCAAGUCUGUGAUGCCCCGGGGCAAAGAGAAAAUCUGCUGGAAUAGAUUUCUGAGGGGUGAGGAGAGCUCAAUAAAAUGUUGGUUUCAGCUGGU